AUGCUAAUACUAUCGGAAAUUUCUACCCAAAGCGCAGUUCAUGGUUCAGCGGUGAUCCAUCCCAACAAUGAGUUAUUAUGUCUUGCAUUACUUGUGGGGACUAGACAUGCAUUCAAUUUGUACAAAGUUCAGAUCAAUAAUCUAGAGUAUUUACAAUCCAUCUCAUUAGAAAAUAAAGUGUUGGCAUUUACAACAGUUAAUAUUGAUGAACAAGAUAUAAUAAUAUUCGUCGACGAAACAUUCCACAUCGGGUUGAUUGUGGUGGACCCUGAAUUGAAAGUUGUCAUUAAGAUUAUGUCAAAGCUUUCAACAAAAGGUCAAGUACAAGCAUUUGAGUAUCCCCCACAGAUAAUUCCCGAUAAACAAAAGAAUCCCACUUCCAUUGCGUUUCACGUUUUCCAUUCAACAAUACAUGUGCUACAGUUGAAAAACCCAAUUAAUGUUACCGAUAUCAUAGAAACAAAGACAUCCAAGAAACGUAAACAUGGUAAUCCAGAUUCCUGGUGGUCAAUUGAUACCAUUCCGAUAGGGAGAAUCAUUGUCAAACAAAUAAUCAGUCUCAGCAUUCCAGAGAAAACUUUGGCAAUUCUUUACAAAGACAUAUCAUCGACUUUCUAUGUAAGAUAUUGGCAAAUCAACGCUGAUUCUAAACCAUCUAGAAUGGUACGACAGUUCCCUGAAUUUCAAGAGGAGCCACUUUUGAUUAUUCCAAUGACAGUUGGUGGCCACAUUGCAUUGACAAGAUCAGCCAUAUUCUAUUUCCCUGAAAAGAAAAUACACAACUUGACCGUCUCCAAGGAAGUCCAGGAUGUAACCGUUUCAGACAAGUCGAAUCAACUUUACUUUGUCAAAUCAUUGGUUUUACGAAACAGCAAAGUCGAUGAACAGAAUUAUAUUUCAUACGAGAUAAUUGAUGAACAUAGAAUCUUAUUAACUUCCCAAUCGGGAAAAUCAAAUAUGUUAUAUAUUGAUUUAGAGUCAUCAUCAACUAGCACAAUCAUUAUCAACCAGGUAUCAAUGAUAAGUCUUGGUGAUGUUACCAUUCCAAAUUCAAAUGGAUUGCAUCAUAUAACUGGCGAUUUGUUUUUUCAAAGUUCUAGACUUUCUAGAUCGGUAUUGUUUCUGGUCUCUCCCAUUCAGCCACAUAUUCAUAUUAAAGCUUUUAUUGAUGGCAGUCCUCCAGUUUUGGAUAUUACUCCCGGCCCAAAAGAAGUGUACACAUGUCAAGGUGGAUGGCUGGGUAGUGAAAUUCGCAAGUACUUUACAGGAAUGAGUAGUUUUGUAAUUGUUAAAAGUAUCAAACUAGGAUUCAAACCAGAGAGUAUCCGAUUUAUUGAUGAAACCAUAAUGUUGCAAAAUACUCUGUAUGGAACUCAUAUUCUCAAUACAUCGGAUCUUAAACCACCACAGGGAAUAAAGGAAUUAUCUGAACAACAAAUCAUGUACUUUCAAGAUCAUGCUGAUGGGGAACAGGAGAAAUAUAUACCGGAAAUGAAGACACGUAUCUCCUGGAAUGAAUCCAAGAAUAUAAAAUUACAAAGCGAUAACAAAAUUAUAGAGUUUACCAGUAACGGCGAUUUUGUUCCUUCAUCAGUAGAUGCGGUUACAAUAUCUAAGGAUGAAUGCCUAGUUCUUGUAACAAGCAGCUUGGGCGUGUUUGAAAUUUGGAGACAUGGAACGCGAGAUAUACAUAAAGUGUAUGAAGGGUGUUUAGAAGAAGAUCACGUUAUAGUCGACUCACUGAUAGUUUUGGCUGAUAAAAGUGGAAAUGUUUCAAUCAUUCUUCUGACGAUAGAAUCGUGGUGGCAAGUUAACUUUAGUCGAGAUAUUCAAAAUGGCCUCAGAGAAGUUAACCGUCAUUCACAAAAAGUUUAUGGAAAUGCUUAUUUGGUACGCAAGUGGAAAGAUAAUAUUGUCCUUUUCAAUGACAGGUAUUUAGUCCCAUUGAAGAGAGAUAUUCUUCUGGGUUUUUAUUUGCCAAGUCAUUUUCCAUCAACUGGUAUUGAUGAUAUUGGCGUAUUUCUAGAUAACAAAGUUGUGGUGGUAUAUUCAAAUGGAUUAAUUGACAAAUUAGAUAUCAAACACCAAUCACUGUUGAAUAUCAGCACACACCAAAGCAUAUUUUCAAGAAACCUUUUCAUCAAGUCAUUGUUGAUCAAGGAUACUAAUUAUUUGAUAGGUUUACUUUACAAUAAAAUGGAUGAAUAUAACGGGCUUUGUCGUAAUGAACUUCAUUUGUUUGAUUCUGGUUCAUUGGAGCCAAUGGAUGUGUAUAAAUUAGGAGAUGGGGAAGAAAUUUUAGAUAUCUGUCAGUUGCCGGCUGAUGUUUCCCAGAAUCGCUUUGUUUGUUUGAUGUCUAGUUCGGACACACCUGUUUUUAUGUUUGGUGUUGAAGAAGGACGAAUUGUAAAACUCCAAACCAAUAGCAUCAUGGGACUUGAAUUAACAGAUGAAUUCAAACUCAAUUCUUUAUCUAUUUUCAAUGAGAGUGAAAACAUUUAUCUAUGUUCUGGUAACAUAUCUUUUUUGAUGACUUUAGAUGACGAUUUGGAAUGGAAGGUUAUACCAAAGACAGUCACCAAUAGUACCACACUCACUAUGUCUCAAUCUGUUCUAUUCAAUGAUAUUUAUAUAGUUGAUGCAAUUGAUGGCUUGUUUCGUGCUAAAGUCAAUGACGACAUGUCUUUUGAAAAUCAGUUGCGUUUCACAAAAGUAAAUAUUGACGGUUAUACACAUGGCCAGAUGACUUCAAUUUCAACAUUUUCAAAGGCCAAGUAUUCAUAUAUUAUUACGGGAGACGCUCAUGGAAAUGUUGUUUUGGUGAAAACGAGUGUUAUAGACUCGCUGGACCAAAAAGUUAUAAGGUUCAAUGUUGGUGAUCAGAUUAAUACUAUUGUGCAACUCGGAAUAGAGCAAUCAUUAACCACAAAAAUUUGUGCUAUUGGUACACUUCUGGGAGAAUUAUAUAUUCUCAAUGAAACCAACCAUGAUGAUAAUGAUAUACUGGAAUGUUGGGAUGAAUUGAAAUCAUAUUCAAAUAAAUCACACUUACCAUCGUUAAGUUUCCGACAACCGGCUAGUGAUAACAUUCUAGAAACUGAAAGCACCGAAUGUAAUGAUAUUAUUGAUGCAAGGUCUAUUUCAAGUAUUUUGAAAGAAAUUAUUGCCAAUCCCCAUGGCAUAUCUUCUUCUCAUAAAAAGUUGAUUGCCAAAAAGUAUAAGUUGCAGCAAUUGUAUGUAGAAGUUUUCUCAUAG